AUGGCCUGGACCAAAUACCAGCUGUUCCUGGCCGGGCUCAUGCUCGUCACCGGCUCCAUCAACACGCUCUCGGCCAAGUGGGCAGACAACUUUGUGGCCCCGGGCUGCGGAGGGAGCAAGGAACACAGCUUCCAGCAUCCCUUCCUUCAGGCAGUGGGCAUGUUCCUGGGAGAGUUCUCCUGCCUGGCUGCCUUCUACUUGCUCCGGUGCAGAGCUGCGAGGCACCCAGAGGGCAGCAUGGAUCCCCAGCAGCCCUUCAAUCCCCUUCUUUUCCUGCCCCCAGCCCUCUGCGACAUGACGGGUACCAGCAUCAUGUAUGUGGCCUUGAACAUGACCAGUGCGUCCAGCUUCCAGAUGCUGCGGGGAGCAGUGAUUAUAUUCACAGGCCUGUUCUCGGUGGCCUUCCUGGGGCGGAGGCUGGCGCUGAGCCAGUGGCUGGGCAUCCUUGCCACCAUCGCGGGGCUGGUGGUCGUCGGCCUGGCUGACCUUCUGAGCAAGCAUGAUGAUCAGCAUAAGCUCAGCGAAGUGAUCACAGGGGACCUGUUGAUCAUCAUGGCCCAGAUCAUCGUCUCCAUCCAGAUGGUGCUAGAGGAGAAGUUCGUCUACAGGCACAAUGUGCACCCACUGCGGGCAGUUGGCACUGAGGGCCUCUUCGGCUUCGUGAUCCUCUCCCUGCUGCUGGUGCCCAUGUACUACAUCCCCGCCGGCUCCUUCAGCGGAAACCCACGAGGGACGCUGGAGGACACGCUGGACGCCUUCUGCCAGGUGGGCCGACAACCGCUCAUCGCCCUGGCGCUGCUGGGCAACAUCAGCAGCAUCGCCUUCUUCAACUUCGCGGGCAUCAGCGUCACCAAAGAACUGAGCGCCACCACCCGCAUGGUGCUGGACAGCCUGCGCACCAUCGUCAUCUGGGCCCUGAGCCUGGCGCUGGGCUGGGAGGCCUUCCACCCGCUGCAGAUCCUGGGCUUCCUCAUCCUCUUGAUGGGCACCGCCCUCUACAACGGGCUGCACCGGCCGCUGCUGGCCCGCCUGUCCAGGGGCCGGCCCCCCGCAGAGGAGGGUGAGCACGAGAGACUGCUCGGCGGCUCUCGGACUCCCAUCAACGAUGCCAGCUGA